AUGUCUUCCCACCGCCAGUCCCUGAGCGACGAAGAGACCGAGUACACUGGACAGCUGGCGCGAGGUGGCUACCCAACGGCCUCAUCUUCAUCCACCUUUGUGGUUCGAGAACAGGCGCGUGAUGGGAACUGCCUAUUCCGCUCCUUCUCUGAUCAGGUCUAUGGAUGCCCUGACUACCAUGGGCUUCUGCGAGACAGGUGCACCAAAUACAUCGCCAGCGAGCGAAAUUACUUCGAACAAUUUGUGGCAGAACCUUUUGAACAGUUUCUGGCGCGCAUCCAGCGCGAAGGGGAGUGGGGUGAUGAUGUGGAGAUUGAGGCUUUGUCAGAGAUCUAUGACUGCAGAGUUGAGAUCUACGCAGCCUAUGGCCACUCGCUCAUGCGAACUUUCCAUGAGGCUUGCGAUUCAAAAUGGCCACAGCCUAUCAGGUUGCUCUAUGAGGGUCAGGCGCACUACAAUUCCCUGGCUCCUCGCAGCGGUCUGCGGCCGAUCCUCCAGCUACGCCCAGGGGAGAUGGAGGAUGCUGCUAUUAGCAGAUCUCGACGGCGGAAUGAGGCUGGCUUGCGACGUCCUGGAGCCAAGGAGCAGGAUGCGCAACUUACAGAACAGGAGGUACUUGAAGAGUCCAUCCGUCUGAGCCGCUUGGAAUUCGAACACAAGUCCGAGGCACAGAUGGAUAUGGCGCUGCAAGAUUCGCGAACUGAAUGGGAAAAGUCGGAGCGGAAACGCAUGGAGGAGGAAGUGGUCGAUGCAAUCUUGCAGCAAUCGGUUCUAGAAGAGGAGCAAAAGCAAAUGACUUUGGCAAUGAAAGAGUCCAAGGAGGAGGUGAUUCAGACCCAACCUGAUUUCGCCGCGUUGUAUGGCAUGGUGAAUUCAGAUAUGGUGCAGGGCGCCUCCUCUUCUUCGGCUCACGAUGACAAGAGGGACAGCCGAGACUUUCAAUAUCCUGAAUCUGUCUAUGCAGUAAUGUCGAUGGGCUUUCCACUGGAAAAAUGCAUCCAGGCGUAUCACCUCGUAGGUGACAAUCCAGAGGGCAUACUUCAAUUCUGCUGCCAGACUUUAGGUCGCUGAGGCAGAUGUGAUAAAUCCUGAAGGAAGCCAGAGAACACUUGACCUAAAUGGGCG